CGUCUUCAUUCCACUAGAGUUUUGGGAACUUUUGGUUAUCAUGCACCAGAGUAAUGUCACUAAAACCCAUUUUACUUGUUUUAUUUGGCUGCUAUAACUAGAAGACUUAGUUAUUCACAUGGCUCCCAUAUUGUGGGAUAACACUUUCGUGAUACUCAUCAACACAAGCGCAAUAAAUUUUCCUGCACUCAGUUCAUAAGUUGACAUCUAACCUGCCCAAUCUCCGUAGCAGAUCAUAAUAUUCAGGUUAAUUUUGCUUUCAACUUCAAUGAAGAAUGUAUUUCUUGAGGAUAAAUACCUGGAAAUUGCUUUAGCAGAUAGUCUGAGAUCAGCCAUUCCAACUUGGUGUCUGAAACUCAAUUUGCCGCCUGGCUUUCCAAUGGAUUACUGCCUUUACUGUUUUUGGCUAUCUUACACUAAAUUAGUAAAGUAACAGAUGGUGUUCCAUAGCGUUGUGCCUAUGUGAAGUUGCCUAAUUCAAUAACAGUUAUUUGGAUGUGCUUCAUAAUGAUUUAAUCAUACUUUUCCAGUGAUGGAGCAGUAUCCUCAGCUAAAUUUGAGCCUUAAAAAUUUGUGCAGAUAUGCAAUGACAGGACAGUUGACUCAGAAAAGUGAUGUGUAUAGUUUUGGGGUUGUUCUAUUAGAGCUUCUGACUGGACGAAAACCUGUUGAUCAUACCAUGCCUCGUGGACAGCAGAGUCUUGUUACUUGGGCUACUCCUAGACUGAGCGAAGAUAAAGUUAAACAAUGUGUGGAUCCAAGGCUUAAGGGAGAAUAUCCUCCAAAAGGAGUUGCAAAGAUGGCUGCUGUAGCAGCAUUAUGUGUGCAGUAUGAAGCUGAGUUCCGACCAAAUAUGAGUAUUGUUGUCAAAGCUCUCCAGCCACUUCUGAAGCCACCUGUGGCAGCUCCCGAGAUCUAGGACAAUUAAGUUUGGUUGCCUUUUGUGAAUUGCUUCAACGUUUGCACAGUUUGGGUUCAUUUGUGAGUGGAUUUCGUUGGGGGCUUACAUUUAUUUUUUGAUUCUUUGCAUUUUGGACUAGAUGUGAAGCGUUUGAUUGGCCUCUCUUUCUCCAGUUUGUUAAGUCUUCUACUGAUAUUGGAUUUGAUGCUAUAGCCUUUUAAAUCACAAUUGGGUUGUUUGGUGGGAAUUUUUUUUUUUUGAGAAAUAUCUGUUUGCUUUCUGCUUCCUGAGAUUUACCAAUUUGGCAAUGGACUUCCAUUGAAUAAAGAC